CUGAGGGAGCGCGAGCGCGCGGCGGGGGGGGGCCGGGCCGGGGGCGGCCGUUGCGCAGCUCGGGAGAGCGGGGGGGGGGGGGACGGGACGGGACGGGGGGGACGGCGAGAGGAUCGACCGCCCGCAGCCCCGCACCCGCCACCUGCCACCGCUGCCGCCGCCGGAGGGAAGAGCCGGGCGCGGCCCCGGAUACCGCCGAGGAGCCGCCGCCAUGAACAGCGUGGGAGGCGCCGAUGAGAUCGGGAAACUCUUUGUGGGUGGCUUGGACUGGAGCACAACACAAGAAACUCUUCGUGGCUACUUCUCCCAGUAUGGAGAAGUCGUAGACUGUGUAAUAAUGAAAGACAAAACAACAAACCAGUCCCGAGGAUUUGGAUUUGUCAAAUUUAAAGAUCCCAACUGUGUGGGGACAGUGCUGGCCAGCAGACCUCAUACGUUAGAUGGCCGAAACAUUGAUCCAAAGCCAUGUACACCUAGGGGGAUGCAGCCAGAAAGGACACGACCGAAGGAAGGAUGGCAGAAAGGAUCCAGGAGUGAUAACAAUAAAUCAAAUAAGAUUUUUGUUGGUGGGAUUCCUCAUAACUGUGGCGAGACAGAGCUCAGGGAAUACUUCAAGAAGUUCGGAGUGGUCACUGAAGUUGUAAUGAUCUAUGACGCAGAGAAACAGAGGCCCCGAGGUGGAGGUGAAGCGUGCAGAGCCUCGGGAUAGCAAAAGCCAAACUCCUGGGCCUCCUGGUGCCAGUCAGUGGGGAAGCAGGAUCAUGCCAAGUGCUGCCAAUGGCUGGGCAGGUCAGCCCCCUCCCACCUGGCAACAAGGAUAUGGCCCUCAAGGGAUGUGGGUGCCAGCUGGACAAGCAAUUGGUGGAUAUGGACCACCUCCUCCAGGAAGAGGAGCUCCUCCACCACCACCACCAUUUACCUCAUACAUAGUCUCUACACCUCCUGGAGGGUUCCCUCCUCCACAAGGAUUCCCACAGGGCUAUGGCACCCCUCCACCAUUUAGUUUUGGUUAUGGUGCUCCACCUCCUCCACCUGACCAGUUUGCCCCACCUGGAGUCCCCCCUCCACCUGCCACUCCAGGGGCAGCACCACUAGCUUUUCCACCACCACCACCACCAUCUCAAGCAACUCAGGACAUGAGCAAACCCCCAACUGCUCAGCCAGAAUUCCCUUAUAGUCAGUUUGGGUAUGGACAAGACUUGAGUGGUUUUGGACAAGGUUUCUCUGACCCCAGCCAGCAGCCCCCUCCCUACGGAGGCCCCUCGGUGCAGCCAUCCAGUGGCCCCCCAGCAGGAGGCAGUGGUUUUGGACGAGGACAGAACCACAACGUGCAAGGAUUUCACCCCUACAGGCGCUAGGAGGGCUGGCAAUCAGGGAGUGCUGUCCACACAGGGAUGUCUGGAACCAGCAGAACCCAGGAAUCCCAGACUUCUGAACUUGUGACAAUCACAUACUUGAUGGAAGAAAAACCUAACAACAUUCUUCUUUUUGUUUUUUUUCUCGGGGGGUGGGGGAAGAUGGCUUCUGAAGGCAAAGCUGUGGGUGUUUGGACUGCAGUUUUUAAAUAUUUUUCCUUUCUCUAACCCAUCAGCACAAAUAAAGAAAAUGUCACUGGUUCAAACUACAGGGUUUUAAAAAUGUCUUCAGCUUUAAUUCAAAACUUCAGGUUUCUUUUUUUUGAAAUUAUUUUUCCUGAGCCUUUGUUUUACCUUAUAUUGUAAACUUUUAUGUUUAAAAGAAAAAAAAAAAUAUAUACAUUUACAGAUUGUGAAAUUUUUAAGAGAAAUUUUCUACUAUGUAUGCUGGCUUAUUUUUUAAUUUAAAACAGGGUUUCCGUUAGCACUGUUGGAAGUGAGGGCAAAGCUGCAACCCCCUUGCUCCUGACAUUCGUGGUGGGGUGGAUGGUUCAGAAACUCUGGGAGUUCAAAAGAAAUCUACUGAGUGUAUUUUGCUGUUUGUUACCUGCAGGUGCAGGAGGGAAGGAGGCAGGUGCAGACCUGCUGAUGCACGGAGGCACUUCGGAAGCAGGGCUCCUGCUCUGGGCUUCAGACACUUUCCAGUCCUCUGUGGGUUUCCUUAGGGGUUAACGGAGGCCUUGUUGAGAUGUAGAUUUCCCUCAGGCAAAAGGUUUAGGUGCAUUUUGCACUAACCAGUGAUUACCCCUGGUUUGAAUAAAGAGAAGUACAUUUGGAUUAGAAA